AAAAUGUCUAAUACAAAUGGAGACAUAAAACAGAAGCAGCCGUCUCCAGACUGCAAUGAGUGGAGCUUCAAGAACAAUAUAGUCUUAGCAAUCGGAAUUAUUAUUAAGGUAGCCUUGCUUGUAUUAGGAUACUCUGACCAUGACGACAACAGCGGACAGCUCAAGUUUACAGAUAUUGAUUACUUCGUAUUUACAGAUGCUGCAAAAUAUGUGUUAGAAGGAGGCUCACCCUAUGACAGGAUUACUUACAGAUAUACUCCCUUGAUGGCUUAUGUAGUAAUUCCAAACCAUCUUCUACAUCCAAUGUUUGGGAAGAUAUUAUUCACAGCUUUAGAGAUAUUAUGAAUCAUCUUGAUUCGGAAAAUUAUCCAAAGUCAAUUCAGUAUGAGGUCCUGUGUUCCUUAUCAGAAUUACUUAGAAGCAUGGAUUUUGCUAAAUCCACUUAUCAUAACUACAUCUCCAAGAGGGAGUAAUGACAUCCUUGUUGCAUUUGUAGUCUUAAUGUUUAUCUAUUUGUUAAUAAAAAGAUGGUAUAUCUUGUCUGGUGCUCUCUUCGGACUUAGCGUACACCUCAAAAUUUAUCCAAUAAUCUAUGGCUUCCCCCUGAUACUUUUCAUUGAUCGUAAGAAAGGCGAAAUAGCAAGAGCAAAUGUGCUGCUAAACCCUAGAAACUGGUUUACUGCGAGGAAGCUCAAGUUCUUCGGUACUUCAGCUAUUGUAUUCUUCUCCCUUCUUUACCUGUUCUUUGAAAUGUACGGAUUUGAAUUUUUGUAUGAAAGUUAUAUCUACCAUUCAGAAAGGGUAGAUCACAGACAUAACUUCUCUUUCAACUACUAUUUCGAGUAUUUCUAUUAUGAUGAACUUCCAGAGAACAAAUAUUUGGUCAGAAAACUAGGAUUUGUAGCACAAUGGGGGCUAGUCUCUUAUGUAGGUAUCAGGUUCUAUAACGAUCUUACUUCAGCAGUCGCCUUGCAAACUUUCAUCUUUGUAAUGUUCAACAGAGUAUGAACAGCUCAAUAUUUCUUAUGGUACAUGAUUUUCAUGCCUUUCAUUGCAAUAAAGUACAAGAAGUUGUUAGCAUACCAAUCUAUCUUCUUGGUGCUUGUGAUCAUGUUACUAGGCAACUUAAUGGUGAACCUUUCAAAUGCUCCUUUAGAACUUCUUGGAAUGCCUUCAUAUGAUUACAUCUUCGUGUCAACUCAUUUAUACCUAAUAAUAAACAGCUGACUCGCUUUUACAGCAAUCAAAAACCUAGAGUUUACCGACACUAAAUACUUUGAUGAGAUCGAAAAGGAGAAAAUAAACUAA